GAAGUGACGUGUGCGGACAAAGGCAGAGGCCGCGAGGUGUCUGGUCCGGUAGAGUGGUGGCAGCUGCUGUGGGCUCCGGUCCUUGCCGGCCUUCGUCUCUCCUCGCCCUUGUCUCUCGGGUCCCGAGAGCUCCCAUCUGGAGCGGCAGAGCUGUGGUUGGUGACAGCGUGGCCGGUGACAUCAUGACAAGUGAGGUGAUUGAAGAUGAGAAACAGUUUUAUUCGAAGGCCAAGACCUACUGGAAACAGAUCCCACCCACGGUGGACGGCAUGCUUGGGGGGUAUGGCCACAUCUCCAACAUCGACCUCAACAGCUCUCGGAAGUUUCUGCAGAGGUUUCUAAGGGAAGGACCGAACAAAACGGGGACUUCCUGUGCCCUGGACUGUGGCGCUGGCAUUGGAAGGAUCACCAAGCGCCUGCUCCUGCCGCUCUUCAGGGUGGUGGACAUGGUGGACGUGACUGAGGACUUUCUGGCCAAAGCCAAGACCUACCUGGGGGAAGAGGGCAAGAGGGUGAGGAACUACUUCUGCUGUGGGCUGCAGGACUUCAGCCCAGAGCCCAGCUCCUAUGAUGUGAUCUGGAUCCAGUGGGUGAUAGGUCACCUGACGGAUGAGCACCUGGCUGAGUUUCUGCGCCGCUGUAAGCAGGGCCUGCGUCCCAAUGGCAUCAUUGUCAUCAAGGACAACAUGGCCCAGGAGGGUGUGAUCCUGGAUGAUGUGGACAGCAGUGUAUGCCGCGACCUCGAGGUGGUACACCGGAUCAUCCGCAGUGCCGGCCUCAGCCUCCUGGCAGAGGAGCGCCAGGAGAACCUGCCAGAUGAGAUCUACCAUGUCUACAGCUUUGCCCUGAGAUGAGGCCAGGGCCAGGGCCAGCGCUAGGGGCACGCAGCUGGCAGGCCACUAGACACACUUGCCAUCCAUCUUUGACUCCAGUGGGAGGGACAAGCCCUGGACUGUGCUGUGUAUUGGGGCAGUACUGUCCUGUUACUCCAAGGCACCCUGGCAGCUCCCACAAGGAUAUGGAAAGCUAAGCUGCCACCAUAGGACUGGCUGCCAGAGUCCUGAAGUGUGCAUGGCUGUUCCAGGACAGCCAGGAGAGCUGCACAUGGUACCUGAGGUGGUACCACUUACAGAAGCGGUCAGACCCACAUCCUCUGGUGAUGGCUUGCAGCAGCCUGCAGUAGGGGGGCUUCCUCUUCUUGAGCCCCUCCCUGAUGGGCACUUUGCAGUCAAUAAAAGGGUAUGCCCUGUUCUUGGA